CUGACAUCAUUUGUCAUCGUCACACUGACUCCUGUGACACGUAUGCAGUGCCGCCUGGAUAACAGUCUUCAUUUAUCACAAUGCUCUACCGAUCAAGACUACCGUUGAGGGAGGAAAUAUUAAGUCACUGACUACAAUUAUCAUCUUCCAAUAUUUUGAAUAUUUUCACUGCGUCGAGUUAUUUUCAGACCUUUGAAUACGCAGGCCGACGAUUGGUCCACUCUGCUCAGGUUCACCACCUUUUUGUAAGUAGAUAGUUAACUCCCCUGAUUGCUCAUACUCUCUCUUGGACAACAUGUAAUAUCCUGAAGCCUGCCAGAAGGUAAUUUCAUAAGGAAGUUGACCAUCUUUCGUUUCACUCUCUUCUCGUCAUCCAGAUUAGAUUUAGAAUAUAUAGACGUCUGAACCUGAAGUCUCUAAUUGCUUACCACAACUGGCGCGUUAGCAUCGUGGCCGAAGUCAUUGAAAUUGAAACCCGAUUUUCUGAAGUCAACACCGCUUUUUUGACGUGAAAAUGACGGCAGCAGAUUCGAGCAGCCCCGCAGAGGCAAGCGUCUUUGCGAUGCAGCAAGAUGACGGCGAGCUGACUCUGACUUUCGCUUGCGCGGCAGAGGUUACAGCGGCUCGAAUUUCCUGUGAUAUCAAGCCACAACGGCUAAAGGUGCUUGUUCAUAAGGAGGUCAGAUUUGAAGACGAGCUGAUCGGGAAGGUGGAUAUGGAAGAAAGCUGUUGGCAAAUCGAAAAAGCCAAAGGCGGCGAUAGUAUUGUUGAUGACUAAGAUGAUAUAGUUGCAUGGAUUUAGGGUUUUCGGUUUGUCUAGUAUUUAUUUUGUCCAUGCAAAUCGGUACCCAUACUCUUGUUCUAGUUCAUUGGCCGUGUCAUUUUUUAGACAAGACAAAAAUACUGGCAAUGACAAUCGGUUUUCUUUUGAGCUCAAUUGCGUGUCUGUAACCAUCCAGAGCAGCUUGUCGUGACGUUGGUCAAGGCGAAUGCCGGGAAAGUUUGGAAAUGCGUAGGUAAGCGCGAGGCGGCGCGGUUGCAGGACGAAGCGAACGCUAACAACAAAGAUUUGAAGUUACGGCCAAGGGCAUUGACAGUAGUGGCGAAUCAAGAAGCGUCAUGAAUUCUAGAGUAAAUAGGUAUCGAAGUCGAAAGUAUACCCCGUUAUUGUUUUCGUGCAGAUCGGUGUCAUCAACGCAACCGCGUAAUAAUUGGUGGUUCGCUCCAGCUCUAAUGAAACUGAUGUCUGUAAACGAGUUUGCGCCGGACGACGACACGGAGAAUGCGGACAAGAACGAGAAUGAUGAGAAGGUUCUCGAGGCUGAGUUUCUGGAGCUGCGUAAGGCCAAGGGUCUCGAUAACGAUAAAACUCUAGAUAAAUUUUUCGAGCUUUUUGACAACAGCAUCCAGCUCUACCGCUUGAACAAACUCGCAAAGUACCUCGAAGAUGUACUGCCUGUUUGCCGGCGAAAGACCGGAGAUUCAAAAUACAAACUGAAGGGCGUCCAGGCAUACGCGUUUGUGCUCUGGAAAAUGAACAAAUUUCGGGAAGCCCUACCGCUUUUCUUGGAGAUGGAGGACAUGAUUGGUCGUAACGGGGCCCUCUGCGAAAACAUCGCUCACACUUACAACAGGUAAUAUCGCUACUGCUGCAGCAAGCUUUCAUCAACAAAUAUUCAUAUUCUUUGAUAUGAUCAUAAAAUUGGUUGCAACGCAAGACACUUAUGGGUAUUCCGACAAAGAUGCUCCCCUUUUCUCGUUCUUGAGAGCUGGGAUAUUUCUGUAGUAGUAGAGGUAUUAGGUGCAAGUGGAAGAUACAACUCAAGACAUAGAUUUCAUACUCUCAUCGUCUACCCCGUCAACAACCAGCCUGGGAAACUACGAGAAAGCCGAAGAGUAUUUUUCGGCGGCUCUCAAGUAUUGCCAGAACGACGAGUCUGCGACAAGUCAAAAGGGUGGCGUCCUUCUCGGUCUCGGUCUUGUACGUGAGAGGCAAGGGAAGAUGCAGGAAGCCGAAACUAUCGUACGGCAGUCGUACGAGUUCUACAAACGGCGCAGCUGCGGACAGCUCAACAGCCUUCAGGUGACUGAGAAGAGUUAUUUUCUCUUGUGAUUGUUCCUUACUCGACUCGACGAGUUGGAUGCGUCAGGAUCGGCGCGCGAACUUCCUUCUCCAGGCUCAUGAGUGCCCUUCCCUGUCGUGGUUUGUCCUGCUAAUUAUCCACAUCCUAUGCUUUUAUUCGAAUAUCCUUUGCAUUUCUUGUUCUUUUCAGGCAAAGGCCGGCGUUGCUCUCGCGAAGAUCUUAACGACGCUUGGGCGGGUAGAUGAUGCUGAGAAGUUGCUCAAAGAAGCAGUUCGUAUUUACGAGGUCACCUGUGGAGCCUAUUCGCCGCUCACUUGUUCCGGUUACACAGAACUUGGUAAGUUACAAUGGGAUUUGGCAGCGGAGGAGCAAAAGAAUGCGUCUUCUAAGGCAGCACAAGAUAGCACCACCGUCGACCCAUCUCCUCCAUCGGCGUCAUCCAGCACAGCAGGAACGCCGUCCUCUAGUUCCGCGACAAAAACUUCUGCGUCGGCCGGCGAAGCGAGCCCGGAAGCCACGAAGCUGCGCCUGGAGGCUCGAAAGAAUCUUAAACGAGCGUACGAAAUUUGCAUCCGAAAAGAUCACAUUGAUAUUAUCCAGUGGAUGGAGGUACACAACGGCAUCAUGGAUACGAUCACACAAAAUUAUGCUACAAAAAAUUUACUCAUAUUUGAUAAAUAUGAUUGAAUCACGAUAAGCAGGGUUUAUUCUUUGAGGUUCAGGGGGAGGAAGAGAACAGUGAGUUUUGAGAUUGAUGCUGGUCAUGAUGUUGAAUAUGGUGAAACUUCUAUAAGUAUAAGUGAAACUAAUCAAAAAUUAUAGUAAUAUUCCGCACGAGCAGUGAUUUUAUGGAUUCCGAUUCCGGCUUGCUUCUUCUCUAACGCAUGACAGCAGCGAUCAAUAGGAAGGACUUUCGCGACUUCAGGGAUGUGGUCGAGGAGGGUAUUGAGCGUCUGAAGAAGGACGUGAAGCAAGAUGGCAAUGCAGGGGUCUACUUUAAGCUAGCAGGCGAAUUUCUGUGCUGGACCGGAGAAGCCUUCGCCGAAGGAAAGAGCGUGCUAGCGUACGCGCAGCAGCUCUUCGAGGUCGAAAAGAGCUGUGACUGCACCAAGCUAAUACAGGAAUGCAAGGACAUGAUUGCGUAUGCUGAUCGUGUGAUGAGUGGAGAACAGGAGAAUAUCCAAGAACUCAAAGUGAACGAGGCAGAGCGGGAUCGCAUUCAAAAGAACCUAGACCGCGAAAAUGCUGCAUUUAGAGAACAGAAGACGAAGGAAAAGGCUGCGGCUGCUUCAGGACCCUCGACGAAAGCACCGAUGGAAAUCGACGUGGGAGACGCGAUUAUGGUGGAAGACCUCACAGCGGGCCUGGAAAAUUUAGAAGUGUCAUAGAGGUCUAGGUCAUCUGGCGUACUAGCCCCUUAGCGUGUAGCCUGCGAAGCCUAGACGCUUAGACGCGUCUCCAUCGAAGCAUUUACAUUUUCGAGAUGAAACGUAUCUGCAUAAAAUGGAAAUGUAUCAAAUGCUUUAUCCACUCUCCGGAUGACGUUCGCCGUUACUUUUCAGAGAUACCUUUUAUGGAGCAAAGUUUUGCUUCGCUGCAGAAAAAGAGAG